CAGACCUGGACGGGUAUAUCACCACAAGGACUCAUCAUCAUUCUUCGUUUGACUUGAUCACUGGUCUAUAUCAUUAUCUGUCUCUCGACCCCAAAAGAACCAGUUGAAAUACCACGUCAAUCCACCCCAAGGCCACAAUGGCCUCACCAACCGCCCCUCCACCCUCCGACCCGGAGAAGAUGGACCAUCACCAAAUCCACAACGUCCAACCAGCCCCAACAAUAUCAAACAACACCAACCACGACCACGACCCCGAAAAGUCCCUCGCCAUUCCCAUCGACGGAGAACCCAAAUCCAAGACCACCACAGCCCAUCCAUUUUCAGAGCAAGAAUCGGAACCCGAGCUCGAGCAGCCCAACCCCAACAGCCCCCAACAACCCGACCACGACCAAAAGAAAACGACCUGGAACGCCUCCCGCACCUCCAUCUUCCGCUUCCUCCUCAUAUGCUACUCCUUCAUCCUCAUGGGCAUGUCCGACGGCGCCAUCGGUGCUCUGAUCCCCUACCUGGAAACCUACUACUCCAUCUCCUACACCAUCGUGUCCCUGGUCUUUUUAUCUCCCUUUAUCGGCUACCUCUUGGCCGCCUUAUUCAACAACCUCAUACACCACCACUUUGGUCAACGCGGCGUCGCCAUCUUGGGCCCCGUUUGCAGGCUGAUCGGGUUCAUACCCAUGGCAUGUCACCUCCCUUAUCCUGCGUUGCCGGUGGUCAUGUUGUUCACCGGGUUCGGCAACGGAAUUGAGGACUCGGCGUGGAAUGCUUGGGUAGGAAAUAUGAGAAACGCCAAUGAGUUGUUGGGAAUUAUUCACGGGUGUUAUGGGUUGGGAGCGACCAUCGGACCGUUGAUUGCCACGAGCAUGGUAACCAAGGGCGGGUUGGAGUGGUAUACAUUCUACUACGUGAUUGUGGGGUUGAAUGGUUCGGAGCUGGUGGCGAUGACGGCCGCGUUCUGGACAGCAACCAAGGAAGUGUAUCGGGCGGGGAUUGCCGAGUCGGAGUCGGAGGCGGAGGAUGUGGCUGGUGAUGGUGGUGAAAACGAAGGAGGCACUAAUAAACGGACGACGACUCGCACCGUCAUGCGUGAUCCUAUCCCUUGGAUUGUCGCCAUGUUUUUGCUAGGUUACGUCGGCGCUGAGGUCUCCCUUGGCGGGUGGAUUGUGACUUUCAUGCUCAAGGUGCGGCAUGCGGAACCCUUCAAUGCUGGGUUGACUGUCACUUUCUUCUGGCUGGGAUUGACGGUGGGACGAGUGGUGUUGGGUUUCAUCACGGGCCGCAUCGGGGAGAAGGUCGCCAUCUCGGUCUAUCUCCUGCUGUGUAUUGCGCUGCAACUGCUGUAUUGGUUAGUGCCGAGCUUUGUUGCCUCGGCCAUCUUUGUGUCGUUCCUGGGUUUCUUCCUCGGCCCGCUGUUCCCCGCGGCUAUCGUGUCGGCUACGAAGCUGCUGCCGCCUGGGUACCAUGUGUCGGCAAUUGGGUUUGCCGCGGCCUUUGGCGGUGGUGGUGCGGCCAUCUUCCCGUUUGCGGUGGGCGCCAUUGCCCAGAAGAAGGGCGUGGCAGUCUUGCAGCCUAUUGUGUUGGCCAUUUUGGUGUUUAUCUUGCUGAUGUGGUGGUUGCUUCCUGGUGGUCUGAAGCCAGGAGGUCUGGAACGGGCGAGGGAAAACAGAGAGAAGGUGGGGCAUGAGGUACGGAAGGGGUUCAGAUGGUUGAAAGGGAAAGCUGGAAGUCCCAAUAGCCGUUUGUCGUUUGUUCAUACCGAGAGUGCAGCUGGCGUGAAUCGGGUCUGAACGCUUCAAUUGCACAAUUGCAUCGUCGAGGGAGUGUAUUGAUCGAAAGGGCAUGGUUGUAUCUGAACAUGGACAUGGCAACGGCUAGCUAAUUCAUUUGUUAUUGUUUCAUUUCUCGCGAUUUUGCAAUUC